CUUUAUUAUUAAAAUAAUAUUGGUUCCUUUCUAUUGUCUAUGGUUUAAAAACUUUAUUCAAUUUAAAAUGUUUCUUUAUAUUCUAUAUUUAAAAAAAGUCUAAAAGAUAAAUCCAAAAUGCCAGGUUCAAAUUGUUGUCUACCAGGAUGUACAGUUUCAAGAUCUAUUAAGCACAAAGAUAUCACCUUAUUCAGAAUUCCUAUGAGGACAGGAGACUUUUAUAAAAAAUGGAGACAGAGAUUGUUAGCUAUUAUCACUCAGUAUAGAGACUUUGACAAAGAUUUGAAAGAAAGACUCUCAAAGGGCAAUAUUUAUAUAUGUGAGAAUCAUUUUUUAGCAGAAGAUAUUGAAUUGACAAAAACUGGAAGGAAAUCAUUACGCUUAGAGGCUUUACCAACUGUUAACCUACCCAUAAAAUCACAUGAAAAAGAAAAAAAGGUACCUAGAAGACACAUAAGUAUUGUAAAAGAUAUUGUCCCACAGAAGCGAAUAAAUUAUUCAAACUUAAUUGAUUUACAGAAAAAAACCCAAAAGUUAAAACUUAGUGGAUGGGAGAUGACAUGUAAUGAAAACAAUAUCAAAUUUAAAAAGUUAUUGCCUUUGUAUUUGUUACCUAAGUAUGAAGUUGUAGUAGAUGACAGUUUAGCGUUCACCAUUAUUGUAUUUGGGUGGCUCUUGCCAGAUACUCACUUAAUCUAUAAAUUAUACUCACGAUCAAUGCUGAACACUACAGUUACCGAACUUUUAUGCAAAAUAUGUACAUUAAGAUUUUGUUCUGGUAUUAUAGAAAACAUCAGAAAUAUAAAUAAUGAUGAUUUUGUUGAUCAUAUUGUUCCAAUGGAAUUUGAUUUAGAAAGUGCAAGUACAGAUGGUAUGCGUGUAUCAAAUGAAAGGUUUAAAAGAGCAAAAUCAUGUAUUAUAUUACAUACUAGUGAGUCUGAUAAUAUAAAUUCUGUUUGUUCAUUUUGUACCCACACACUAAAAAAGAACAAAAUGAUUAAAAUAAAAAAACAACAUCAGUUAGCCACACCUGCUCUUCGAAAAGCUCCACUUAGUAAAACAAAUCCUGUUCGCGUUCUAUUAGCAUUAAAACAAGAACGUCUAAGAUGUGCCCAGCUAACAAGUGAUUUAGAAAAAAUAAAUUUUCAAAUAGACUCUAAAGGUAUUACUAUUGAUGAUGGGUUUGUUGAUGAUUUAAAUCAAAUAAUGAGUAGUAACUACGAAAAAGCUACUCCCUUUAUGAAAUUAUUUUGGGACCAGCAAAAGAAAAUGUGUAAUAAAAAUUUUGGCUCAAUAAAGUAUCACCCUAUGUUAAUACGGUUUUGCCUCUCACUUGCCUCAAAGUCGUCCUCAGCUUAUGAUGAGUUGCGCUCAUCAAAUGUACUAACAUUACCAAGUCGCAGAACUCUAAGAGAUUAUAAGAAUUUCAUUCGACCGAAAGCUGGAUUAAAUCCUCCCGUAAUUGAAGAAUUGAAUAAAAUUAGUAUUAACCUAGUUGGCUACCAACGAUAUGUAACGUUAUCUUUUGAUGAAGUAAAAAUACAAGAAAAACUUGUUUUUAAUAAACACACAGGUGACAUUAUAGGUUUUGUAGAUUUAGGUGAACCUGAUUUAUAUUCUACUUUUCAAAAGGAAGAUUCUUUAGCAAGCCAUGUUCUAGUCUACUUCAUUCGAGGUAUUGCUUCUGACUUAAAGUUUGCUUUAUGUCACUUUGCUACUAAAGGUCUCACCUCGUUUCAACUAAUGCCAACUUUCUGGGAAGCAGUUGGAGUUUUAGAACUGACAUGUAAAUUAUAUGUUAUAGCUGCAGUAUCGGAUGGUGCAGCACCAAACAGAAAGUUCUAUCGAAUGCAUAGUAUGUUUGAUGACAAAUUAGAUUGUAAUGUUGUUCAUCGAUGCAUUAAUAUUUAUGCCCCUGAACGGUACUUAUGGUUUUUUGCUGAUGAUCCCCAUCUCAUCAAAACAGCAAGGAACUGUUUAUAUCACUCAGGGGAUGGAAGGGGUACACGAAGUCUUUGGAAUGAUGGACAACAAUUGAUUUGGUACCAUAUCACAAGAAUAGUCAAUGACGAAAUGAAAAAUGGGUUAAAAAUUAUACCAAAGUUAACACAGGAUCAUAUUAAACUUAGUGCUUAUUCUGUUAUGAAUGUAAGACUUGCAGCCCAGGUUUUAAGUAGUAGUGUCAGUAACAUUUUAAAAAAUUAUUACCCUGAUGAUACAAAUGGAACUGCAAAAUUUUGUGAAAUGUUAGAUAGUUUUUUUGAUUGCUUAAAUGUGCGAAACAGCAGUGAAGGGAUAAUGAAACGCAAACCAUUUUUAUUACCAUACACGGAUGUUAAUGACGAGCGUUUGACAUGGCUACAGAAUACAUUUUUAUGCUAUCUAGAAAAAUGGAAAGAGUGUAUUAUUAAUCGUCCUGGUAACUUUUCCAACAAUGCAAAAGGAAGAAUGUUUAUCUCUUGGCAAACGUACGAAGGACUUCAAAUAACUGUAAUGUCUGUUAUCGAAUUGGUAAAAUUUUUAUUAAAAAGUGGUAUGCCGUUUGUUUUGACUGAAAAAUUCAAUCAAGACGUUUUGGAGGAAUACUUUGGUAGACAACGGAGUUUAGGUCGAAGAAAUGACAACCCUACACUAUAUCAAUUUGGUUACCAGUCAAAUACCUUGCGAUUGCAAAGAUCAAUCACGUGGUGA